CAAGGCGUUCUGGGAAGGGAAGCAUAGCUGAGCAACCAUAUAAAUGCCCCAUCACAGUUAUUUCCAAACAGAACCAUCAUAUUAGUAAAAGAACUGCAGAGACCUUGACAGGAUCACAUCACUAACAAUGAGCUUCAAAAUACUCUUACAUGGAGUCAACCCUUUGCAAUUUUUUGCUUCCGUUCUUCUUAUUUCUUCAGUGUUAAACAUGUGGACGGGCACUGAAGGCUGGUCAUACCAUUGCUCAGACUCCACCAUGACCUGGGAAAAGGCAAGAGACUGGUGCAGGAAGCACUUCACAGACAUGGUGGCCAUCCAAAACAAAGAGGAGAUUUCUUAUUUAAACAGCUACUUACCAAAAGUUAAUGGGUAUUACUGGAUUGGGAUCCGCAAAAUUAACGGCAUCUGGACCUGGGUGGGAACCAACAAGAAACUUACGGAUGAAGCUGAGAACUGGGCAAAUAAUGAGCCCAAUGGGAAGCAAAAUACUGAAGACUGUGUGGAAAUAUACAUUAAAAGAGACUAUGAGGCAGGCAAAUGGAAUGAUGAGCACUGUUUGAAACGGAAGACUGCGUUAUGUUACACUGCAUCCUGCAAAAACGAUUCCUGCGUCAGUGGUCAUGGCGAGUGCGUAGAGACUAUAAACAACCACACAUGCUCAUGCUUUGAAGGUUUUUAUGGAGAGAUAUGUGAGAAUGUAAUAAAAUGCAAACCAGAGGACAUCGCCAAACCAGAUCAUGGCAGUGUCCAUUGUUCUAAUCCUAAUGGAAACUUUUCAUAUGACUCUCGGUGUGAAUACUCCUGUGAUGAGGGUUAUAAACUAAAGGGUGCCAGUAUGACAAAAUGCACCGCGACAACAGAAUGGUCGAGCAAACCACCAAGCUGUGAACUUGUUCAAUGUUCAGAGCUGAUCACACCAAACAAUGGGACAAUGCACUGUCACCACGAUUCCAAAGGCAACUUUAGCUCCCAAUCCACCUGUGAGUUUGCUUGUGAAGAAGGAUACACGUUACAAACAUCCAGCUCAUCUACGCUGCUUUGUGGAGCCACAGGACACUGGAAUGAUUCACAACCCAGCUGUGAAAUUGUAUGCAAUCCCGAGGAUGUCCUCACUUUACAUCACGGCAGUGUCCAAUGUUCUAAUCCCAAUGGAUUUUUUUCAUAUGACUCUGUGUGUGAAUACUCAUGUGAGGAGGGUUAUGAACUGAAGGGGUUCAGUACGACAAAAUGCACUGCUACCACAGAAUGGACCAGCAAACCACCAACCUGUGAACUUAUUCAAUGUUCAGAGCUGACCGCACCAAACAAUGGGACAAUGCACUGUAGCCACGAUUCCAAAGGCAACUUUAGCUCCCAAUCCACUUGUGCGUUUGCUUGUGAAGAAGGAUACACGUUACAAACAUCCAGCUCAUCUACGCUGCUUUGUGGAGCCACAGGACACUGGAAUGAUUCACAACCCAGCUGUGAAAUUGUAAAAUGCAAUCCUGAGGACGUCACCACUUUAUAUUACGGCAGAGUACAAUGUUCUAAUCCCAAUGGAAAUUUUUCAUAUGACUCUGUAUGUGAAUACUCAUGUGAGGAGGGUUAUGAACUGAAGGGGUCCACAAGAACAAAAUGCACUGCUACCACAGAAUGGACCAGCAAACCACCAACCUGUAAACUUGUUCAAUGUUCAGAGCUGAUCACACCAAAAAAUGGGACAAUGCACUGUCGCCACGAUUCCAAAGGCAACUUUAGCUCCCAAUCCACCUGUGAGUUUGCUUGUGAAGAAGGAUACACGUUACGAACAUUCAGCUCAUCUACGCUGCUUUGUGGAGGCACAGGACACUGGAAUGAUUCACAACCCAGCUGUGAAAUUAUAAAAUGCAAACCGGAGGACAUUACCACACCAGAUCAUGGCACCGUCCAUUGUUCUAAUCCUACUGGAAAUUUUUCAUAUGACUCUCGGUGUGAAUACUCCUGUGAUGAGGGUUAUAAACUAAAGGGUGCCAGUAUGGCGAAAUGCACCGCGAAAACAGAAUGGUCGAGCAAACCACCAACUUGUGAACUUGUUCAAUGUUCAGAGCUGAUCACACCAAACAAUGGGACAAUGCAGUGUCACCAUGAUUCCAAAGGCAACUUUAGCUCCCAAUCCACCUGUGAGUUUGCUUGUGAAGAAGGAUACAUGUUACAAACAUCCAGCUCAUCUACGCUGCUUUGUGGAGCCACAGGACACUGGAAUGAUUCACAACCCAGCUGUGAAAUUGUAAAAUGCAAUCCUAAGGACGUCACCACUUUAUAUUACGGCAGUGUCAAAUGUUCUAAACCCAACGGAAAUUUUUCAUAUGACUCUGUGUGUGAAUACUCAUGUGAGGAGGGUUAUGAACUGAAGGGGUCCAGUACGACAAAAUGCACUGCUACCACCGAAUGGACCAGCAAACCACCGACAUGUGAACCUGUUCGCUGCCCAACCCAUGAGAAUCCAGCCAAUGGUGUCAUGGACUGCACUGAUUCAAACUUUAUUUACGGGAGUAAGUGCAGCUUCAGUUGUGAAGAAGGUUAUCUCCUCCAGGGGGCGUCAGAGAUCAGCUGUACAAAAACUGCAGAGUGGAGUCACGAACCACCUCGCUGUGAAGCAGUGGAUUGCCCACAUCUUUAUGAGCCUGUCAAUGGGGACAUGAACUGCACUUUGGAGGAACCCAUCUUUGGCACAGUCUGCAUCUUCAACUGUCAUGAUGGUUACCAGCUUUACAAUAAUGAGAUUGUGAUGUGCAACCACAAUGGAAACUGGUCAGGGGAGGUAGCAGUGUGCUUAGCUCAACCUGGACCCUCAGCAUCGAGCUUUAAAGUGACAGAAGUGACAGCUGGGGUUUCCGCUAUUGUCGGGAGCUCUAGUCUGUUAUCUGUCCUUUGGAUACUGAAGAAAUUGAGACGUAACGCUAACAAGUUUGACAUGAGCAGCUCUGAUACUGAAGAUCCUCCACAGGUUUAUAAGAACAGUCGUGACAGUCUGAUUUAAAGCAAUGACGGAGAUUGACUCAAGCAGCUGUGAGACGCUGGCGGCCGCAGCGAAGCAUUUGCAGUGUUGCCAGAUCCCAUUGUGAUAAAUAGAGUUUAGAAUUUAAUGUUUUAGCAAUAAUGUGACACUUUAUGAAAUGUAUAAAGUAAGAGUGUGCAGAUUAGUGUUAGCAAUGUCUCUGUUUUUUUUUCCUGAAACACAAGGUUUGAACUUUUGAUUAUGUUUUCGUACUAAUCUGGCAACAAGUACCUAAACAGUAAUCAAAUGGCACAUCAUGUAGUGUGGGCACUGGGCAGGUUAUUGCUGACAUAAUACUGCAUUCGGUAAGACACAGAUAAUAAUCUUCAUAAAUGUAAGAAACGCUUUUAACACUAAAAAUAAUUAGAAAAUAACACGGUUACAAAGAUGUACAACAAUUGGGUUUAAGUGAAAUAUGCCAAAUAUGUAAACAUUGGCCAUGAAGUUUUUAUUCACUUUCACUAAUAAGCACUAAACAAAGUUCUUGGUUACCUAAUAUUGCUUAUUAAAACGAUUACUAUAAUGCUAUAAUAAGCAUUGUUGCAUGAAAAUAAAUAUUAUCCAUCCUAAGUCAGCAGUAAAGUAUUAACAAAUUGUGAUUUAAUAAACAUAAUAUAACAAUGUCCACCCCCAAAUCAUAUAAACGGAGUGUGUAUCCAAAGUGUAUGGCAAAAAGGUUAUGGCAGAAUACAUAAGAUCCCAGGUAAAAAAUAAAGUAUACUUGAAUAUACUAAAACUACAAAUCUAGUAAUAAAUAGUAUAGUUCUAAUGCGUCUGUAAAGUUUACAAUACCAGUAACACAUAGAGUUCUAGUGUAUUGAAAUACAUGGUGUCUUAAAAUAGCACAGUUAAGUACACUUAAGUUUAUCUUAAGUACUAAAGACUACAAAAUUUGUGCUCAAAAUAGUACAUUUAAUAAGUAUACUUAAAGUGUAGUGCUGUGUUUUCUACUGGGAUAGCCUUUGUUAACUCUUAACACCCCUGGACCUCACUCAUUUUCAAACCCUGGCUAUGGCAUUGGAGCGGAAGUGCAUCACACUUCAUGGGGUCUUCACAAAAUACCUGCAGGCAAAAAGUCAUCAAUUGUAAUUUUUCUUCCCAAUGGAAGUUUUUUUCUUUACCUGACUGAGCAUAUUGUUCUGUACUGUACUAUUAUAAUUGUUUCUGUGCAAAUGUAAUGUCAUUAUUAUGACCUUAUGAAAUUUAUUCAAGACUUAUUUAUUCAAUGUUUGUCUAUAAAACUACCUUAUAAAAUUUUGAAUUUAUGAAAAAUUGUGACUGAAAUCAUGAAAGUCUUAUGUGCAUUACUUCCUCGAUUGUUUAGAUUGUUAAAAAUGUAAUUUUGAUAUCUUUAAUACUGACUGAGAAAGGUGAUGUCAAAGACUGAAAUCAUAAGGUAAUGGGUGAAAUCAAACUUUGAUGCAUUACAAGACUUUAGCCUGGAUUUCACAGACAGGGUCACAUUUGUUUAAUAACACUGAUUAUCUCCAGAAAACGUUGCAGUUUGCAGUACAUUAAAAUCUUAACAUCUAAAUAAAGGACAGGAUACAAGUGAUUGUAAUAUUCCUGAAUCUUUCCUCACCAAAAGGGUGUGAAAAUUGUGAGAUAACCCAUUAGCAUUGUGAAUGCAGUGAAAGGUUUUGUUCAACUAACGCCCGGUCCUAAUCAUCCGUCUGUAUCCUGUCAAUGUGUCCUUUCCUGAAUCUGUUUAUAAGCUACAGUAAACGGUCAGGCGGUGCAUGCUUGUUUUUUUUUACUUAUCUUAGUGAAUUAAGGUCCUGAGAAGAUCCCACUAGCCUUUUUGGAGACCCAGUCCCACAAUAAUAAAAAAUAAAGCCACAAUGUUUUUAAACCUUAUGCAUUUAAACAUGUAAAGAAACAUCCUGCAAUUUUAUGC